AUGAAAUCAUUUGAUGCAGAGCCGUGCUGUUUGACUGUCAAGAAGCCACAGAUGCUAUUACAUAUAAUAAAAGAGCACACUCAAUUUUGUGACUACAUUAAAAAAGAGAUAGUGAAUGACACCGAGUUUGAAGCCCUAUUUGAAGACACUCGAAAAAAAGAGGUCUCAACACAAACACUUAUCAGUGCGUUCAAGUCUGCGUUUUGUGAAACAAAAGUCGACACUUUUAGAAUCGCGACGUUACCUCCAUUUAUCACAGCCAAAAGUUGUAUUCUUGUGGUUGUAAAUCAACACGCUUCAUACCUUCAAACUAUAGUUGAAAAGAUGAAGAAUGUGGACUACUUUUCGGACGUCAGUAUAGUUGCUUCGGGUCCUAUACGAGUUGUGGCAAAGUCCUCAUUGCUCAAAGUGCAAGUCAUGUCGAAUGACGACGCUGAAUUUUGUUUUCAGAUCAUCGAGAACAUAGAAAAAGAGACGAUAAGAACACCUGCAAUUAAUAAAGCACUUUUUGUGUUUGCUAAGGUUGUUGGGAAAAUUGACGGAGAGUGUUCAUUCACGCACCUUGCAAUGGAAAUGGAGAAUUUUGUUCUCUCACUUAAAGCAAUCCAAAACGUUUCUAACGCUUUCAACUUUGAGAACAUUCAAAUGACUGUGACACAAUACUUUAAAAAGAAGAACCUCGAUUUUGUAUUCCCUGAUGAACUCUUUUCCGUUCCUGUUUCAUCAAAAGACGUCUCGUUAGUCAUAGCUUUUGCUGGAAUACCCCCACAAACAACAACACUUGAUAUCCAAACAGCAUUACUCCCAUUCAAAGCAAUAGAGUUUUUGUUUUAUCAACCUUCUUUCUUCUCUUCACAAACAAGAAAAUGUGGGGUCUUUUUUGCACGAUUCGAUACUUUGGAAGACUCAAAGAGGGCGUUUUCACAACCAAAAAAGUUCUUUGCAAGACAUGCAGAGUACUUUGAAAAAUCCAUAUUCGAACACCCGCCAAGUGGAUUUGUACAAUGUACGAUGGAUACAAUUGCGUGGCUUACUGAUGAGGAACUAAUCUUGACAAAUGAUACUUUGAGUGAUAAAUCGAGUGACUAA